AUGACCGACGCGGUGCAUGGCGAGACGCUGGUGGGCGUGCCGGAGGAGGAGCUGCUGCAGGAGCUUCCUCUGGAGCAGUCAGACCUGCUACCGCUGAAUGCAUUGGUCGAGCGCGUGUCGAACAAUGCGUACCAGACCCUGCAGAGUCUGAGCGAUACCUUGCCUUCCUUGUCGAACGACGCGAAGAAGGCCAAGGUGUUUGCUACCGCAAUGGACCUGCGCAAGCAGUUUAUCAAGUUGCUGGUACUUGUGCGCUGGUCCAAGGAUGUUGAGCUGCUGAACAAGACGCGGAAUAUCAUUGCGCUCCUGGUCGACCAGCAGUGGGCGCACGAAGACGUCUUCUCGGGGUUGACGCAGGUGCGCAAGAUCCUGCCGAAUGCCCGCAUUUGCGACGCGGACCUCGUCACUGCUAUUGACGUGAUUCGCACAGGGACGUACCAACGCCUUCCGGCGUCCAUCCGCGACAGCACCGUGCCGAGAGUACCCAUGUCCAACCCACAGGUCCUUGACGUGCUCCGUGCGCUUGACCAGGUGCUCACCGUGCGGCUUACAUGCAGCGAAGUCGUGCCGAGAGAUCUGCGCCUGCAGCGCAUCGCCGACGGUAAGGCGUACUUUGAGGCACCAGGCUUGUAUGACGCAUGCCUCACCACUAGUGGGCCCAACGACGACGACCGCUGGUGGCUGCUCGACUUUCACUUUACCGACUCGGCGACGGAUGGCGAUGAGGACCUUUCUGCGCUGCUCACCGCACCGUACCUCGAUAAUGUGUUUGCAUCUGCCGAGGCGAUUCUCGCACCAAAAGACGAGCUGGAGGAAGAGCCUGCAUUUAUCCGACUGCACAGCUUCCUGGAGCAGCAGGCACUCCAGCGCCAACUGCAUAUCCUAAACUACCAGCUGCAGCGCGUCGCACGACUUCAUUGGGGCGGAAAUGUGCGGUUCGGACUGGACUUGACGUCCCAUACAAUGACCGUGCAAUACUGGGUGGUGCACAGCGCCUCGCCGAGCGCUCAGGAACGCACCAAAUCACUGCACAAGGGCAUUUUGCAAGGGCGGCUCAAACUUCGUCUGUACACGGAGCCGCUCACUGGCUCGAAAAAGGUCCUUUCGGAAUUGCUCUCGGGCAGCAAGGCAGACCAAGGCAAGAGCGCUAUCGUGGUCGACUGGGACGUGGACGAGGCCAUUCGCAAGGCAACUAGCGACCUUCCUGAGCUCGCUCUGGACCAGCUCGAUAUCGAGGCACUGAUCCUUGCUGCGAUCGACCGCCAUUCGCUCGCCUUGAUGAAGCUCUUUCAACAAGACAUCGUCGCUCAUCCGGGCUUGGGCCGUAUCGGCAUCAAGUCGCUGGAUCCCAACCAGGGCACUGGCGACGAGCUGAAACUUUCGCUCAGCGAGACGCAAAACUCGGCACUGCAACGUAUGGCCGACCAAAUCACGGCCAACACAGCGGUACUCGUGGAAACGCUCCUCAACUUCCGUUUGCAAAGUCUUGCCAAAGAACUCGAGCUUCAAGCGUCUUGGCUGGGACUUGCACACCUUUCCACUAUUGCUUUGCGUCCGGGCGAGCUGGACAAGAUUGGGUUGCCCAACGGAUACCCACUCCUGUAUCUCCCAUUGGGUAUCCUGCCCACCUACUACAUGUUCAUUUACUUUAUUCCCGGCCAGCCCAUUGCCAUGGCACUCGUCUCAGUGAUGGCUGUGGUUGAAGCCGGAAAGUCGAUGCAGGUCAUCAGUUCCGUCAAGUGGAUUGAUCGUGCGCAGUUGACCUCAAUCACCAUCUCCGGCCAAACCCUGCUGAAUGCUCCUUCCAAGACAUGGCUGGACACCUCGACUCCACGCUACGACCUCACUUCCGAAGAGCUGCAACUUGCGUACAACUACUGUAUCGCAACUGUAGCCUUCGGUUGA